UAGUUUCUUCUGAUUGAAAAACAUUCGAAGAGCCGACAACAAAAGCAGCAAGAGAGAGAGAGAGAGAGACCAAAGCCAUGGGUCUAGAGGAAGCUGGAGAUUUGGUUCUCCACAUCAUCCUAUCCAAAAUCGGACCUGAGAACACAGCGAGAGUGGCUUGUGUCAGCAAACGCCUCAAGGUCUCCGCCUCCGAGGACUCCCUCUGGUCCAUCUUCUCUUCCCAUGAUCUCAACAUCUCUACUCCUCUCGGUCCCCAUGGAGAUCCUUCUCCUUCCUUCAAGGCGGCAUAUCAGUCAUGGAGGGAGUCCUUUAGAAUGUAUCCAUGGCAUCUCGUCAAGCGCGUUGGACGUUGCUGGGACAACCUCAAACGAUGGUUGAGGUUAAACUUCCCUGAGGCAGAGGCAACGCUGAGGAAAGGAGCCACAGAGGAGGAUCUUGAAGAGUUUGAGUCUGCUCUCAAGGUCAAACUUCCUCUCCCCACAAGGCUUCUCUACCGUUUCGUCGAUGGCCAAGAGCCUUCUUCAUCCUCCAAUGGCCUUAUUGGUGGCUAUUCUGUGUACUCUCAUGAAGUUAAUGUCUACUUGCUACCUCUCAAGGAAGUUAUAAGGGAGACCAACGAAACCAUGAGCGAUCUGUUCGGUAUCUCUAACGGAUCCAACUACAUCGUUGUGGCUGCAUCCGCAACGGCUAGUUUGAAAUUGUUUUUCCUAGACUGCACUGACGGACAGCUUUACACCGGGACGAGUACACGCCAGAUGCUUCCUUGUGUGCCUGAAUCUUUGGUUAGGUCGGUUCAUGAUGUGGACGGUGAUCAGCAACAGGACGCUAUGCUGCUUUGGUUGGAAGAACAUGGCAGGAGGUUACAGACGGGUGUUAUAAAAGUCCGUGAGGAAGAGAAGAUCAAAAGUAUCAGUUUGUUCCCGGAGGUUUCUCCCUUGUGUUCUGUCGCUGUAACUAACGGUGUGCAGGUACGUGCGUCGUCUGUGUUUAUCCCGGAAGUAUCUAAUCUUCGUGGUCAGCCACCUGCUUACUGGUAUGCGUAUUCCAUCCGCAUGUCUCUCGUGCCAGAAGGGUGUUUCUUGAACGGGAGACACCAUAGCUCUUGCCAACUGUAUUGGAGGCAUUGGAUUAUCAGAGCAGAUGAUGAGGUGAUAGAUAAAGUCAAUGGAGAAGCUGUGAUAGGAAAGUACCCUCUCUUACAAGCCGAGGAAGAAGAGUUUGUGUAUGAGAGUUGUUCAAGUUUUCCAACAACUAGUGGAUCCAUUGAAGGAUCUUUCACCUUUGUGCCUGGAAGUUUGAGAGAUCCAAAAGGGAGUCAAUUCGAAGUCAAAGUGGAAGAGUUUCCUCUGAAGUUACCAGACUACAUCUUCUAAACUCAUCUGCCUCUCAAUGUUUUGUUUACUGUUUCCUGCAGUGUGCAAUGUACUUUGAGUUGAAGUGUGUUGAACAGUGACUAGUUUGUGAGAA